CUACAGAUGGACAACCUGACAUUCAGAUACAGUGUACUACUAGUGGAAGGACUGAAUGUUACACCGCAGUCAAGCUUUCCUGCAUUUAUCCUUAUUUUGAUUCUAUACAUAUUUAUAAUGUUAUCUAACAUUGGGAUGAUGAUUCAGAUUUUAGUAGAAAAAAGUUUACACCAGCCUAUGUACAUUAUUUUCUGCAACUUGACACUGAAUGAUAUAUUAGGGUCUACUGUUCUUAUGCCACACUUGUUGAAGGAUAUUUUAACAGACCCCUCUAAGCGCUACAUCACAUAUGUGGAGUGUGUUAUUCAAGCUUAUUUUACUCAUUUGAAUGGUACAGCAUCUCACGCUGUGAUAAUGAUCAUGGCCUAUGACAGAUAUGUGGCCAUAUGCAAUCCACUGCGAUACUCAACUAUAAUGAGCAAUAAUAUGGUGGUUAAGCUGUCAGCAGGAGCCUGGGGUGUUGCAGUAGUGCUGGUGGGAAUUUUGAUUGGCCUCAGUGUGCGCCUGUCUCACUGCAGAUCUGUGAUUCAAAACCAUUUUUGUGAUAAUGCUUCACUUUUUAAACUAUCCUGUGAAAAUACUGUGAUUAAUAAUGUAUAUGGAUUGACUUUCGCUGUGGUUUUAUUUGCCUCCUCAAUAGGGAGUGUGGCAUUAACAUAUCUCAGAAUAAUGAUGGUAUGCUUCAAAAGUAAAAACAAAGCAAACUACAGCAAAGCCAUAAAAACCUGCAGUGCUCACUUGACUGUUUAUAUAAUUAUGUUUGUGUCUGGGUGUGUUGCAAUUUUUCUUCAUCGUUUCCCUGUAUAUGGUGAAACUAGGAAACUAGGUAGUGUAAUGUUUCAUAUUAUUCCACCAGGCUUGAAUCCAAUAAUAUAUGGUAUUCAAGCCAAAGAAAUAAGACAAAAAAUGGUUAAACUCUUUAGAAACAAAGUUAAUACUAAGUGA